CGGCCCCAUGAUCUCUGGCGGCGAGCGCUGAGGGUUCCGGGCGAGCCGCCAUGUCCGGCGCCUCCGUCAAAGUGGCCGUAAGGGUUCGGCCUUUCAGCUCCCGGGAAAUCAGCCGGGACGCGAAAUGCGUCAUCCAGAUGCAAGGGAAAACCACCUGUAUCACCAAUCCCAAGCUGACAAAAGAUGCUCCCAAAAACUUCACCUUCGAUUAUUCCUACUGGUCCCACACCUCGGUGAGUGCUCUGAGAGCCGGGGGGCUGGGAGUGAGCUACAUGGAGAUCUACUGCGAGCGGGUGCGGGAUCUGCUGAACCCCAAGAGCCGGGGGCACCUGCGGGUGCGGGAGCACCCCAUCAUGGGCCCCUACGUGGAGGACCUGUCCAAGCUGGCCGUCACCUCCUUCGCCGACAUCGCCGACCUCAUGGACUGCGGGAACAAGGCCAGGACCGUGGCCGCCACCAACAUGAACGAAAGCAGCAGCCGCUCGCACGCCGUGUUCACCAUCGUCUUCACGCAGAGGAGACACGACUACCUGACCGACCUCGACACCGAGAAGGUCAGCAAAAUCAGCCUGGUGGAUCUGGCUGGCAGCGAGCGAGCGGAGUCGUCCGGUGCCAAGGGCAUGAGGUUAAAGGAAGGUGCGAACAUCAACAAAUCCCUCACCACGCUGGGGAAGGUGAUCUCCGCCCUGGCCGAGAUGCAAAACACCAAGAAGAAGAAAUCCGAUUUCAUCCCUUACCGUGACUCGGUGCUCACCUGGCUACUCAAGGAGAACCUGGGCGGUAACUCCCGCACUGCCAUGAUCGCCGCCCUCAGCCCGGCUGACAUCAGCUACGAGGAGACACUCAGCACGCUCCGCUAUGCAGACCGGACCAAGCAGAUCCGGUGCAACGCGGUGAUCAACGAGGACCCCAACGCCCGGCUCAUCCGGGAGCUGAAGGAGGAGGUGGCCCGGCUGAGGGAGCUGCUCUUCACCCAGGGCCUCUCCGACGCCCCCCUCCUCGGCGGCUUGAAGGGGGAGGAGCCCGACAGCCGCCCCCCAGCGCCCCCACGGCCCUUCGACCCCACGACUGAGCCCCGGCCCCCCGCCCCCCUCAACGGGGGAUCCGAGCCCUUCCCCGCCCUGGAGGAGCAGGACAUCUGCACGGAGGAGGCUAUGGAGAGGCUGCAGGAGACGGAGAAAAUCAUCGCGGAGCUGAACGAGACGUGGGAGGAGAAGCUGCGGAAAACCGAGGCACUUCGGAUGGAGAGGGAGGCGCUCCUGGCCGAGAUGGGCGUGGCCGUGCGGGAAGACGGCGGCACGGUGGGGGUCUUCUCCCCGAAAAAGACCCCGCACCUGGUGAACCUGAACGAGGACCCGCUCAUGUCAGAGUGCCUGCUCUACCACAUCAAGGACGGCGUGACCAGGGUGGGCCAGGUGGACGUGGACAUCAAGCUGACGGGACAGUUCAUCAAAGAGCAGCACUGCGUUUUCCGGAGCCGCACCGGCCCCACCGGGGAAGCCAUCGUCACGCUGGAGCCAUGCGAGGGGGCUGAGACCUACCUCAACGGCAAGCAGGUGACGGAGCCGCUGGUCCUGAGGUCAGGUAACCGCAUCGUGAUGGGCAAGAACCACGUUUUCCGCUUCAACCACCCGGAGCAGACGCGGCUGGAACGCGAGCGCAGCGCCCCGGCCGAGCCCCCGCCCGAGCCCGUCGACUGGAACUUCGCCCAGCGCGAGCUGCUGGAGGAGCAGGGCAUCGACAUCAAGCUGGAGAUGGAGAAGAGGCUCCAGGACCUGGAGAACCAGUAUCGGCGGGAGAAGGAGGAGGCCGAUCUGCUCCUGGAGCAGCAGCGGCUGUACGCGGACUCGGACAGCGGGGACGACUCGGACAAGCGCUCGUGCGAGGAGAGCUGGCGGCUCAUCUCCUCGCUGCGGGAGAAGCUGCCCGCCACCAAGGUGCAGAGCAUCGUGAAGCGCUGCGGCCUGCCCAGCAGCGGCAAGCGGCGGGAGCCGCUCCGGGUCUACCAGAUCCCCCAGCGCCGGCGCCUGGGCAAGGACCCGCGCUGGGUCACCCUGGCCGACCUGAAGAUGCAGGCCGUGAAGGAGAUCUGCUACGAGGUGGCGCUGAAUGACUUCCGGCACGCCCGGCAGGAGAUCGAGGCCAUGAGCAUCGUGAAGAUGAAGGAGCUGUGCCGGCUCUACGGGAAGCGCGACCCCAACGAGAAGGAGAGCUGGCGGGCCGUGGCCAGGGACGUCUGGGACACCGUGGGGGUGGGCGAGGAGCGGGGUGAGGGGGAGCCGGGGGCCCCCAGCCCGGCCGUGGACGACCUGCGGGCCCACAUCGACAAGCUGACCGACAUCUUGCAGGAGGUCAAGAUCCAGAACAACAUGAAGGAUGAGGAGAUCCGGGCCCUGCGCCACCGUGUGGUCAAGAUGGAGAGAGUCAUCCCCAUCUCCCAGCAGGAGGACGGGGCGGACGAGGACCUGGCGUACGACUGGAGCUCCCGGCUGUUCGCGGCAGGGCUGGCGGACGAGGCGGGGUCCCAGGACCAGGCGGGGAGCCAGGACUCCCUGUGCACCCGGGAGGAGCCGGAGCGGAGCUCCGAGCGUGUGUGCCGGCUGAUGGAGCAGGACCCGGCCUUCCGGCGCGGCCGUCUCCGUUGGCUGAAGCAGGAGCAGGCCCGGCUCCAGAGCCUCCAGCAGCAGCAGCUCGGCAAGUGCCUCCGCCGCCAGCCCCACGCCCCUGGCAAGUUCGUGCCCCCCCAGGACUGCAAGCUGCGUUUCCCUUUUAAGAGCAGCCCCCACCACCGCUACUCCUGGGGCCCCAACACCGCCUUCAUGGUGGCUGGGGGCGAGGAGCCGGGGCCGGAGGGCGACGGCCCAGGGCAGGAGCCGUCCCCGGGGUCGCCCCGGCACCGCCGGCCCUACAGCCCCGGCGGCCCCCAGCACAAACACUGCAGCCGGCAGCCCCACCGGCGCAACUCGCUGGACGGGGGGAGCCGGGUGAAGCCAUCCUGCCCAGGCGCGCCGGAGCACUUCCAGUCCCGCAAGCACAACUAUUACCCGCAGCAGCACCUGCCUUACCCGCAGCACCGCCCGUGCCCCCGCCCGCCCUAUGCCGCCCCGCCCCGCAUGCGCCGCCAGCGCUCGGCCCCUGACCUGCAGGAGCAGGAGACCCCGGUGUAGCCGCCGGCCUGACCGCCUCUGCCGUGGAGGAUCAUGGGGGGGGGGGAAUUAGAGGCAGCGGCCAAGCUGUGGAGGAUCAUGGGAAAGUGAGGUGAGCCGCAGAGAAUUGUGGAAAAGCCAGGGGGCGUGGGCGCUGCUGUGGAGGAUCAUGGGACAUUAGGGUGAGCCACAUUGGAUCAUGGGGAAAUCAGGGAGUGGAGGAUCAUGGGAAAUUGGAGCAAGCCACGUUGGAUGAUGGGAAAAUUGCAGCGUGAAGGAUCAUGGGAAAUUGGGGCGAGUCACAGAGGAUCGUGGGAAAACCAGGGCGGGGGGUGGUGACUGCGGAGCUGCAGAGGUUCUUGGGACAUUAGGGUGAGCCACGUUGGAACAUGGGAAAAUUGCAGAGCAGAGGAUCAUGGGAAAUUGGGGCGAGCCCCACAGGAUUGCGGGAAAAUCAGCAAGUGGAGGAUCAGGGGAAAUUGGGGUGAGCUGCAGAGGAUCGUGGGAAAACCAGGGUAAUGGGUGUGACUGUGGAGCUGCAGAGGAU